AUGACAAAGAAAUCCUCAAAGACCCUUGCGGCUUCAAGACCUCUGGAUCCUAGCCAGACCUUUCCCAAUAUUGAUUACAACCAGCCACUGUCAUCAUGUUAUGAAGAUCCAACGAUCACCAUGGAAAUCGGCGCCAAGGCGUACACCAUUCUAGAGUCGCAUAUCGAGAAAUAUCCUCUAUUGGGUCACGGCUCCGUCACCUCGCAAGUUCGGUUACCUGAAGUUGCUGAGGAUAUCGGCCACACUCUAGUUCACUUCCUGUACACCGGGACCUACGAGACAACCGAUUCGCCACUCGAUGCAACUGUUUCCCUUGUCGAACGAGAAUAUGAGAGAAUUGUUAUGGUCUACCAUGCGUCGAGAGUUUACGAGAUCCUCGACCUGGAAAUCCUUGCCGGAAACGAAGUCUGGCUCCCAGACUACCUGCACAGGGUUUUGCAGCAAUCAUUUGCAUCGAACAAUUCUCGAUUCGAUUUUGACCACAUGCCGGGGGUUUUUGAUGACCAUGACUCUUUCAACGGCGCUCUUGUGCGAUCAGUAAUCGAAAUUCUGGCAUCGCAUGUAGAAAACCUGGAGAAGAGGCCCUCGUUGAACUCCAUCGGCGAGCGUGCCUCCACCGAAUGCUUGAUGGUUGACAAUCAGUAUAUUGUUCCGACAGAGUGUCCUGCUCUUGAAGAGGAGGCCAUCCCUCUACCCAAGGAGCCCGUUCUUGAGGAGACCGUCAUUGAGGAGCCCGUCCCUCUCUCUGACGAGCCUGCGCCAGAAGAAAGUGUUGUCAAACCACUUCACGGCGCUGAGACUGUCGCUACCCAAGUCAAUCCUGAAAAUAGCCUGGUCAAGACCUUGCUGCCUAGAGAGACUGUGUACCACAACUGGGAAAAGUUAACACCGUCUCGAAAAACAAGAAGGGUGAAGACUCUAAAGGGUAGAAGUCUACCGAUCCCAGACGAGGAAGGUGUUAUUUCAAUCCCUGUGAAAACCCUCUUAUCUCCUGAUUUUGCGAUCUCAAUCAAGAGAUAG